AUGCACGCCCCUCCCUUCCCCUGGUUCCCCCGGCGACCGGAUCAACCCGCAGCGGCUUUCCCGGCCGCGGAUUCCGGCCGCUCGGACAUUCAGAACCCAUUCCUCCGUCCCUUCGAAUUCUUCCACUCCAAAUCAAAUCGACCUCCGGAGCCUCCCGCCCCGAAAAUUAGCGAAAUUCCUCGACGAAGGGGAGGGGCCGAGAAUCAAAGAGACCCUCUGCGCGACCCGACCCGUCUGUCCGCCCUACGUGCUUUCCUUCCGUCCAACGUCACGGGCCCACCACCAGCACCACCAGCACCUCCUCCUCCACCUCCUCCUCCUCCACUGGGCCUCGGGCGCGGCCCCGCGGACCCGCGGACCCCACAGCACCUUUACUUCAAGAGGAGGGCAGAGCAGACCGGGCCGGACUGGAGGUCCGCUGGCGCGGGCCCCGCGGCGGACUCCGGUGACGACCACACGUCAAUCCGUCGUCGACAAGCGCCCAGACGCACCCGGCGUGCGCUCCCUUCAACGAACAAACUGGAAGGAAGCCUGAGCGACGGCCGUCGGGUGACGGCGAUUUUCAGAGCCUAA